AUGGCGCCUGCUGCUUCAUCCGCGGCUAAGAAACAGUCCUUGAAGGUGCUGACGACUAAGUUGAAGGAUAUACAGUUGUCUUUCAACGAUAUCUGGCAAUUUGUGGAGGACUUCACGGAAGAUGCUACUGUCACUGAGGUGGAAAUCCGUUUACAAAAACUUGAUGAGUUGUGGGAAAGGUUUGGCGAUGUCCUAGUUGAUAUAAAAUCUCAUGAUGACUUCUCGGAUGAUGGCGAAGGUUAUGAAAAGGAGAGAAAGGAGUUCAGCGACCAUUAUUACCGUGCUAAAUCCUUUCUUUUGGAUAGAGUAAAGGAGCGACAAGAACAUUCGGUGCUUGAACAAUCCAUCCGUAUCGGAGACACAACGACGCUGGGUACACUCGAUCAUGUUCGCCUUCCGCAGAUAAAAUUGCAAUCUUUCAGUGGUGACAUCGACGAGUGGCUCAGUUUUCGGGACCUUUUCACUUCUCUCAUUCAUUGGAAGUCUGAUUUGCCGGAAGUGGAAAAAUUCCACUAUCUCAAGGGAUGUCUUCAAGGUGAACCAAAGGGCCUCAUAGAACCGUUACAAAUUACAAAGGCGAAUUAUCUAGUUGCUUGGGAAAUGCUUCUGAAAAGAUAUAACAACAGCAAGUUACUGAGAAAGCGACAGAUUGAAUCAUUGUUCAAACUGCCUAGUCUCACGAAGGAGUCGGCUUCUGAAUUACACGUCCUCUUGGAAAAUUUCGAAAGAAUAGUUCAAACUUUGGAUCAAUCUGUACAAUCGAGUGAUUAUAAGGAUUUGCUACUCGUUAAUCUCCUCACCACACGGUUGGAUCCAGUCACCCGCAGAGGGUGGGAAGAAUGCUCGUCUAGCAGGGAAACAGAUACGCUUAAGGACCUUACGGAUUUUCUUCAUCGUCGUGUUCAGGUGUUAGAAUCGUUGCCAUCAAGAGCAUCUGAAGCUAGAAGCAAUCAGCAUGCACAACCACAUUCAAAACCGAAGCUUUCCCCUGUGAAGAACAGCUACAAUGCGACACAUGCAUCUGUGGGACGAUGUGUUGUAUGUUCGGCGAAUCAUUUGUUGUACCAGUGUGGAGCCUUUCAACGGAUGUCGGUAACCGAACGGGAAGCAUUACUUCGGACUAAUUCCCUCUGCCGUAACUGUUUCCGACAUGGCCAUCAGGCAAGAGAGUGCCAGUCGAAAUUCUCCUGUCGUACAUGUAAGGGUCGGCAUCACACUAUGGUUUGUUUCAAACGAGGAAAGGAUAGCAACGAUAAGGCAAACGAUAAGGAGACAAAUCAUGGAACUGUCAUUUCUACCAAGGAUACACCAGCUUCAUCAUCAUCUUCUUCUUCUUCUCAAAUGUCCACACUUGAUACCGCUAAUGUGUCUUUAGCUAACGUGGCCCAAUCGUGUAUUUCAUCACAGGUACUGUUGGCUACCGCGGUAGUCGUUGUCGAGGAUGAUAACGGUGGACAUUUCCCUGCCCGUGCGCUUCUAGACUCGGGAUCAGAGAGUAAUUUCGUAACGGAACGGAUGAGUCAACGGCUUAGAGUUGAACGGCAACGGGUGGAUAUUUCUGUAUGCGGUAUAGGCCAGGCUGCUACUAGAGUCAAACAGCGGAUUAUUACUAAGAUCAAGUCACGAGUUUCCGAUUUUUCACGAGAACUAAGUUUUCUCGUGUUGUCAAAAGUAACUGUGAAUUUACCUAUAGCUACGAUCAACCCAGCUGGAUGGGCCAUUCCUAGAAACGUUGAAUUGGCAGAUCCUUCGUUUUGUGUGUCUAAAGACGUGGACAUGAUACUAGGUAUUGAAGCGUUUUUCGACUUUUUCGUGACAGGUCGUAAAAUAUCAUUGGGAGAACAACUUCCUGCAUUGAACGAAUCAGUGUUUGGAUGGGUGGUGUGUGGUGGUUUGUCCAUUCAAUCGCCACAAAUUAAUUGCAAUGCUUCUUCUUCGGAGGAUCUGGAUUCGCUGGUAGCGAGGUUUUGGGAUUGCGAAGAAAUAGGAUCAGCAGUCAACUAUUCUCCGGAAGAAGCGAGAUGUGAAGCUAUAUUUGCACAAACAGUUAAGCGGAAUUCGGAUGGGCGGUACACCGUUUCUUUACCAAUAGAUGAAAUUGUUCUUGCACGGAUCGGCGAUUCUAGGAACAUUGCCUAUCGCAGGCUCCUGGGAACGGAGCGCAGGUUGGCAAGGGAUGCCAACUUGAGAGAACAGUAUGUUUCAUUCAUGAAUGAAUAUUGUGAUUUGGGACAUAUGCGGAAAAUUGAUAGCAAUAUUGAAGGAACCGUAAACCGAUGCUAUCUUCCUCAUCAUCCGGUGGUUAAGGAGUCUAGCACAACAACCAGGCUCCGAGUGGUUUUUGACGCCUCGUGCAAAACCUCGUCGGGAGUGUCUUUGAACGAGGCACUAAUGGUAGGACCAGUAAUCCAGGAGGAUUUACGAUCAAUUAUUUUGUGUUGUCGUACCAAACAGAUCAUGAUGGUAGCCGAUGUCGAGAAAAUGUUUCGGCAGAUCUAUGUCAAACCGGAAGAAAGAUAUCUGCAGUGUAUACUUUGGCGUUCGUCACUUACGGAGGAAGUAGCUACGUAUGAACUUAAUACGGUUACCUACGGCACGAAACCGGCACCAUUCCUAGCAACACGUACGUUGCAACAACUAACAAUUGACGAGAAGGAACGUUUUCCGUUAGCGGCGAAGGCAGUUGUUAGGGACACGUAUAUGGAUGACGUGAUAACAGGAUCGGAUGACGUCGAUGAGGCUGUAAAACUUAGGAGUCAGUUGACGGAAAUGAUGAGUUGUGGUGGAUUUCGGCUUAGAAAAUGGGCGUCGAAUUCCACGAAGGUAUUGGAUGGAAUCGCCGAGGACGAUUUGGCAAUCCGCGAAGGUAACGGAAUCAGUUUAGAUCCAGAUCCCGCCGUGAAAACUUUAGGACUCAUUUGGAAUCCAAGCACGGAUACUUUCCGAUUCCAAUUCACUAUUCCAACAUUAGAACAAGUUCAAACAGAAGUGCUCUCCAAACGUCGCAUCCUUUCGAUAAUAGCAACACUCUUCGAUCCUUUAGGACUGAUUGGUGCUGCCAUAACGACUGCAAAGUUAUUUAUGCAGAUUUUGUGGACUCUAAGAGAUAACGCAGGACAUCAAUUGCAUUGGGAUCAGCCGGUUACCCCGAUAUUAGCUGAAAGGUGGAGAAAGUUCUGUUCCCAGCUACCACUUCUGAAUGAAAUUCGAAUCGAACGACGCGUAAUUUUACCCGAUGCUAUAUCCAUUGAAAUCCAUUGUUUCUCUGAUGCUUCGGAAAAAGCAUACGGAGCGUGUUUGUAUAUCCGAAGCCAAGACGUAAAAGGGAGAGUGUUAGUUCGUUUAUUAACCUCUAAAUCUAAGGUUGCGCCUUUAAAAAGCCAAUCAAUUCCUAGGUUGGAACUCUGCGGAGCGCUUCUGUCCGCUCAGUUAUUCGAGAAGGUUCAAAAGGCUAUUGGAAUCGAAGCUACCGUCAGGUUUUGGACCGAUUCUACCUGUGUACUGCGCUGGAUUAGCGCUGUACCCACAACAUGGAGCACGUAUAUUGCAAAUAGGGUUGCAAAAAUACAAAACUUGACAGAAGGAGCAGAAUGGCGGCAUAUACCAGGAAUACAUAAUCCAGCUGAUUUGAUCUCCAGAGGAAUCUCUCCGCGCGAUAUUCUCGAUAACUCUGUCUGGUGGAAAGGACCUAGCUGGCUGACAGAAGCUUGUGAACAGUGGCCAAAGAUUCCUGGAAACUUCACUGGCGACGAAGGAGAUAAUGAGCGGCGUCGUACCACAAUCGCUACAACAUGCUCAUCGGUAGCGGAAUUUAACGACUGGUAUAUCAGUAAGUUCUCAUCAUAUUCGAACUUAAUCAGGCGAACCGCUAUACUGCUACGUUUCAUGAAAUUGUUGCGCACUCCAAAAGAGGAUCGUUUCAUUGGAUUUAUAACCACUGCUGAACUGCGAGAAGCAGAACUAGUUAUUCUCCGUCGUAUACAAUUGGAAGGUUUCGCAGAAGAAUUGAAAGUUCUGGCAAAGGGAAUGCCAGUAUCAGGACGAUCAGCGUUACGGUGGUACAAUCCUGGCGUUGCCAAGGAUUGUCUCAUCAGGUUAGGCGGACGUUUGAAUCACUCGCACGAAUCGGAGGAUACCAAACACCCAAUUGCGCUACCGUCUCACCAUCGUUUAACUCGGAUGUUGAUGAAGCACUACCACGAGAGAUUGCUGCACGCUGGUCCACAGUUACUGCUGAGUGUCGAUACAGCAAUUCAUGGGGGAAUUGCCAUCCGCCAGGGUAACAGUGUCGCGCCCGUUCUCAAGGACAGGAGUAGAUUAUUGCGGGCCGAUCUACCUGAGACCUGUACCCAGACGGGGAACAUACACAUGGAGUUAGUGUCGGAUCUAACUACGGAUAGGUUCCUACAAGCACUUAGACGAUUUAUUGCACGAAGGGGCAAGUGCACAGAUCUUUACUCCGACAACGGUACGAAUUUUGUCGGCGCCCGUAAUAGAAUCCAAGAACUUCUCUCACUGCUGAAAGGUAAUCGGCACUGUGAGCAGGUAACAAAAUUUUGUUUGGAAGAAGGAAUCCAAUGGCACUUUAGCCCACCAAGUGCACCACAUUUCGGCGGGCUGUGGGAAGCAGCCGUUCGUUCUGCUAAGCAUCAUCUUCUGAGAGUCAUCGGAGAUAAUCCAGUCACACCGGAGGAUAUGAACACUUUGCUCGUUCAAAUCGAAGGUUGCUUGAACUCUCGGCCUCUCACUGCUGCUUCCGAGGAUCCGAGAGACUUAGAGCCACUAACACCAGCUCAUUUUCUGGUAGGAUCGUCGUUGCAUGCUUUACCAGAACCAAGCUACCAAGACAUUCCAAUCAAUCGCUUGAAACAAUGGCAGCUUAUGCAACGAAAAUUGCAUGAAUUUUGGACUAGAUGGCGAAGAGAAUAUCUAUCCCAGUUGCAAGGCAGAGUAAAACGCUGGCGUCCACCAGUAAAAAUUGAAGUCGGAAAGUUAGUGAUAAUUAAGGAUGAUAAUCAGCCUCCCUUUCGAUGGAAGAUGGGACGAAUCUUGAAGUUACACCCUGGAGACGAUGAUGUUGUUCGAGUGGUUACUUUGAAAACUACCACUGGAUUACUUACCAGACCAGUAGAGAAGGUGUGCCUUUUGCCUAUUGGGGAGCAUGAUGAGAUCAACGAGAGCACAUCCAACGAAAAGGCAGUUCCAUAG